GUUGGCGAACACCAGCUGACGGGGCACAAAGUGGCAGUAAAAAUACUAAACAGACAGAAAAUACGCAGCCUGGAUGUGGUUGGGAAGAUCAAACGAGAAAUUCAAAACCUGAAACUCUUCCGGCACCCUCAUAUUAUCAAACUGUACCAGGUCAUCAGCACACCAACAGACUUCUUCAUGGUCAUGGAAUACGUAUCUGGCGGAGAAUUAUUUGAUUACAUCUGUAAGCAUGGACGCGUUGAAGAGGCAGAGGCUCGACGCCUUUUCCAGCAGAUUCUCUCCGCAGUGGAUUACUGUCACCGACACAUGGUUGUCCACCGAGACCUGAAACCGGAGAACGUGUUGCUGGACGCGCACAUGAAUGCAAAGAUAGCCGAUUUUGGAUUGUCCAACAUGAUGUCAGAUGGUGAAUUUCUUCGCACUAGCUGUGGUUCCCCAAAUUACGCAGCCCCUGAAGUCAUCUCUGGAAGGCUGUACGCCGGUCCAGAGGUGGACAUCUGGAGCUGUGGCGUUAUCCUCUACGCCCUUCUCUGUGGCACGCUGCCCUUCGACGACGAGCAUGUCCCCACGCUCUUCAAGAAGAUCCGGGGAGGUGUGUUUUACAUCCCCGAGUACCUCAACCGCUCUGUUGCCACGCUGCUCAUGCACAUGCUGCAGGUUGACCCCCUCAAGCGAGCAACCAUCAAGGACAUCAGGGAACACGAAUGGUUUAAGGAAGAACUGCCCAGUUACCUCUUCCCAGAGGACCCUUCCUACGACGCCACCGUCAUCGACGAUGACGCGGUUCGGGAGGUCUGCGAGAAGUUCGAAUGCACCGAGUCAGAGGUGAUGAACAGCCUGUACAGCGGCGACCCGCAGGACCAGCUGGCAGUUGCCUACCACCUCGUCAUCGACAACCGGAGGAUCAUGAACCAGGCCAGCGAGUUCUACCUUGCCUCCAGUCCCCCCACCGGCUCCUUCAUGGACGACAGCACUAUGCACAUCCCUCCUGGCGUGAAGCCGCACCCCGAGCGGAUGCCGCCUUUGGUAGCGGACAGCCCCAAGGCACGGUGCCCUUUGGAUGCACUCAACACCACAAAGCCCAAACCCCUGACUGUCAAAAAAGCCAAGUGGCAUCUGGGGAUCCGCAGCCAGAGCAAGCCCUACGACAUUAUGGCCGAGGUGUACCGUGCUAUGAAACAGCUGGAUUUUGAGUGGAAGGUGGUGAACUCCUACCAUCUCAGAGUGCGCAGAAAGAACCCAGUGACGGGCAACUACGUGAAAAUGAGUCUGCAGCUGUACCAGGUGGACAACCGCAGCUAUCUCCUGGACUUCAAAAGCAUUGAUGACGAGGUGAUGGAGCAGAGGUCCGGCUCAUCCACUCCACAGCGCUCAUGCUCUGCUGCAGGGUUGCACUGGCCGAGACUGAGCAUUGAUGCCGCAGCAGCCACCGAGUGCCAGUCGCUGAUGGGGUCCCUGAGCGGCUCCUUCGUGGGCAGCAUCCCCUCGGUGCCCCCGCGCCUGGGCAGCCACACCAUGGACUUCUUUGAGAUGUGCGCCAGCCUGAUCAUGGCCCUGGCUCGCUGAGCCAGGCACCAGUCCCCCAGCACAUGGUAUCGCACUGAAGCUUUUGGCCAUCGUCACCGCCCCAAAACCUCUGCCAAAGCCGCCUGCCUUCGCCCGUCGGAGGAUCUGAGAACAAAGAGCUCUGCUGUCCUGAUGCUGAAGGGGCUGGGACCUCGCCGCUCCAUG